AUGCUGGCACAAACACUCAAAAAGCCACAUAAAACCGUCCUGGGACAGGUAUCCGGAACCACGGUCUUCAUUAGGAAUAAGAGAACAAAAAGCAAGAGUUCACUAUCCCCUUUGGCACAAAGGGUCGUCACACAGUUGAGUGUAAUGUCUGCAAGUAGAAAGCAGCCCAAAUUACUGAAGCUGGCUCGAGAGGACUUGAUCAAACAUCAAACCAUCGAGAAGUGCUGGUCAAUUUACCAGCAGCAACAACGGGAGCGCAGGAAUUUACAGUUGGAAUUGCAAUACAAGAGUAUCGAGAGUUCCAUGAACCUUCUACAAGAACUCAGCCCUCGUCUUUUUGAGGCUGCUAAUGCUCCCGAGAAGGGCAAGCGGUUCCCAAUGGAAAUGAAGGUGCCCACUGACUUCCCCCCAAAUACGCCAUGGCAUUAUCAUUUCCGGAAGUGA